AUGGACCAUGCGGUGGUGCAGAGGUGGCUGCGCAGCGUGCUCGGUCCGUACAACGAUCGCGACCGCGUAUACGCCGACGUGGAUCGAGCGCUGAUCGCUGUGUCAUCGCUCUCGCCCAAGACUGAGGUCUUCACUUUCAACGAUGGUCGCACACAGCUGCUGCUCACGCUCGAGGGCACGGUGCCCGUGGAGUUCCGCAACACCACCUACAACAUCCCCGUCGCUUACUGGAUCCCCCGAGACUAUCCGCGAGAGCCGCCAAUGGCAUUCGUGGCGCCAACGCCAGACAUGGCCAUUCGCAAAGGACCCAAUGUGGACCCCAGCGGCGAGAUCGGGGGCAACUACAUCGCGAGGUGGAGAAGCAAGCCCGAGGCAUGCAACCUGCUCGACCUGAUCCACGACUGCCAGCAUAUGUUUGGCCGCGAGCCGCCCGUGUACGCCAAGCCGAAGCCAACGCCAGUGUAUGCUACCGCUGCCUCGUCGCAGCAGCGAUCGCAGCCAUCCACGCCGCAACAAGGUUCCAGCGCCAACCCCCUCGCACAGCGCCCAGGCCCGUCGCUGCCGGCGUCUCCAAGAUCGCCUCAGGUUGUCGGAUCCCCGUCCUUCGAGACGAGACAAAAGCCGCCUCCGCCGCCACCAGGGCCUGACUCCGCUCACCACGAUCACCCACAAGGCAGUUUCACGCCACAGCGUCCGCCCAAGCCCUCGUCGUCCAUGGGCUUCGACCGAGGCGGGUUUCACAGCCCACGCAAUUCGAGCUCGCACUUUGAUCCUCACCAGUCGCCAGCGCCACUUCCUGCGCUUCAAACUCAGUCACCACACACCUUCAGUCAUCCGCCCAGCGCUGGGCCCGAUGUGAACAGGCGCGCAUCGGGCGGUGCAUACGGCCCAGGCGUGUACCAAGCGCCCUUUGGUGCGCCAUCGCCGCAAGCCCACUUCGCACCCGCGGAUCGGCCGCAACCGCGCAUCGAGUCGAGCCAUUCGCCGGUAUCGCCCUCCCACCGGCCAGCAUACGCCGAAGGUCGCCCGUACGCUCACGGGCAUCAGUCGACUCCGCAGCAGCAUCCGCCGACGCGUGCGCAAACGUAUCCGUACCCGACGCAAGAGCCCCACCCAAGCCACACGCAGCAUGACAACGAGCCCGCUCAGGCAGGUGUGAGGCUGCCAGUCGCUCAGGGCUAUGCACAGCCAGGUCUGCCGCGCGCCAACGGAGGCGGACCACCGCCGGUGCCUGGGCCCCUUCCGUAUGCAUCUGCAAGCGCGUCUCAGGCGCCGAAUCCAGCAGCGGCAGGAGUCGCCGAUCGAAACGGCGUGCCGGCGCGACCGGCCGCUGCACCUAGACCGAAGAGCGUCAACCUGCUCGACGACGAGGACUCGGCGCUCGGACUCUCCGAUACCCGCGGACAGGCCAACGGAAUCGCCUUGGCCGGUGGGCCGACGUCGGCUGGCUCGUCGGCACCACCGCCGCCGCGGCCCAUCAACCCGGAACUGCUGGCGCUGCACGAGCGCGUGUACGUCAAGAUCGACCAGCGACUUGUCACGCUCUCGUCAACGCUGCAAGCCUCCAACCAGCGGCUCGAGGUGCUUUCGAGCGAUCUGGACCGCGGGCUGCCCGCCAUCGAGGACGAAAUGUCGCGCCUCAAGGCGGUGCGAGACGUGUGCAAGAUCACAGGCGACCGGCUGCAGGGCUCGGUCGACGAGAUCACCGAGUCCGUUCGCUCCAUCCACGCCAGAGACGAUCCGGAUCCGGACAGCAUGGUCUUGGCUACGAGCAUUGUGGGCAAUCAGCUGGUCGAUCUGGUCGCCGAGGACAACGCUAUCGAGGACACGCUCUAUCAUUUGGGCAGGGCGCUCAAUGCCGAGCGCAUCGACCUCGAUCGAUUCCUCAAGCAGACCAGGAUGCUCGCCAGGGAGCAGUUCAUGAAGCGCGCCCUGGCGCACAAGAUCAGUGAGGGUAUGGGGUGGUCGUAA